CGCAGGUCCCUCGCCAUGCAGCGGGCGCGCCCCGCGCUGUGGACGGCUGCGCUCGUCACCCUGGUGCUGCUCCGCGGGCCCCCGGGGGCGCGGGCCGGCGCGGGAGCGGUGGGCGCGGGCCCCGUGGUGCGCUGCGAGCCGUGCGACGCGCGCGCGCUGGCGCAGUGCGCGCCCCCGCCCACCCGGCCGGCCUGCGCCGAGCUGGUGCGCGAGCCCGGCUGCGGCUGCUGCCUGACGUGCGCGCUGCGCGAGGGCGAGCCGUGCGGCGUCUACACGGAGCGCUGCGGCUCGGGCCUCAGCUGCCAGCCCCCGGCCGCGGAGCCGCGCCCGCUGCAGGCGCUGCUGGACGGCCGCGGCCUCUGCGUCAACGCCAGCGUCGCCAGCCGUCUGCGCGCCUACCUGCUGCCCUCUCCCUCGGCUCCAGGAAAUUCAAGUGAGUCCGAGGAGGACCGCGGCACUGGGAGUGUGGAGAGCCAGGCAGUGUCCAGCACACACCGGGUGGCUGACUCCAAGUUCCACCCUCUCCAUGCAAAAAUAGACGUCAUCAAGAAAGGCCACGCCAAGGACAGCCAGCGCUACAAAGUUGACUAUGAGUCUCAGAGCACAGACACCCAGAACUACUCCUCUGAAUCUAAGCGGGAGACAGAACACGGUCCCUGCCGUCGAGAAAUGGAGGACACACUGAACCACCUAAAGUUCCUCAAUGUGCUGAGUCCCAGGGGCGUCCACAUCCCAAACUGUGACAAGAAGGGGUUUUAUAAGAAGAAGCAGUGCCGCCCUUCCAAAGGCAGAAAGCGGGGCUUCUGCUGGUGUGUGGACAAGUACGGGCAGCCCCUGCCGGGCUACGACACCAAGGGGAAGGACGAUGUGCACUGCCUCAGCAUGCAGAGCCAGUAGACACCCGCCCCAUUCAAUGUGGAGCUCAAAUACGCCUUAUUUUGCACAAAAGACUGCCAAGGACAUGAUCAGCAGCUGGCUACAUCCUUGAUUUCUAUUUCUUUUUGUGGUGAACUGAUGUAAAAACACAAACCAAAGUUUAGACAAGUUUUUGAAAUGCCUAUGGUUCCUUUAAGUGGUAAACUUAAGCAUCUUUCUACUUUCCAGUAGUCAGCAAAAGUCAGUUUGGAUUUUCCUGUUGCUUCCUAUAAAAAUACUCAUGUGUUUGUUCAGACCAUGGACACCAUCCCUCCUGGACCAUUAGCACGGGCUGCAAAGCUGCUGGCCCUUAGCCUUUCUGACUCCAGUGGCUCUGUUGCUGAUGUAGAGAACUCCUCCCCGUUCCCUCUAAAGGAGCAUAGGCCUUGUGGAGAGUAGGAAAACUCCUACCUAAUUUCCCAUCACCUGGACAUCUUGACACACCUCCUCAGCUCAUGCCCCUCAUGGUUUCAUCUCCAAAUUGAGGGCCUGGGUCAUUAUCUGCAGGUGACCUGGCCUACCUGGAAACGACUUAUUUACCAAAAUGCAAUGACCAAGAAUGUUCCAGAGCGCUCUGGGAGCCUACAGAAGUCAUCACAAGUAACUUUUUAAUCCAACCCCUCAAAACCAAGUUUAUGUUGGGGGACGAACUCUUUAAAGGCAAAAGGUUUAUUUUCAUCUCUCAUCUUUACUCUCUAAACAGGAAAGAUGAAUGGCUUGUUAAAGAGAAUCAGCCAUGUUGAACUUAAGGUCCUUCUCAUAAUUUCUUUAUAAGUCACACAUAUAUGCAGAGAAGAUACAUUCAUGUUAACAAUAUAUACAACAUAGCCCAAAUAUAAUAGGAUGUAUACUAGAUAAUCCUAGAUAAAAUGUUAUGGAUACUAGAUAUAAUCACACCCAAGGAAGGGAGCCCAUGUCGGAAGGCUGGGCUACUCUGCCCAAGACCAAACCCAAGGAGGUCUAGCAACAUAGGGCAUAAGGAGACUCUGCCCUGCUCCACUGGCCCACAGGGUGGGUACACACUGCACAGAGCUCUCCUUGAGAACACAGAAGAGUCUCAAGACACUCUGCCUACCUAUUAGCUUUUCUUUAUUUUUUUAAGUUUUGGGGGGGGAAAGUAUUUUUGAAAAAUUUGUCUUGCAAUGUAUUUAUAAAUAGUAAAUAAAGUUUUUAACAAUAAAA